AUGCCUCCGCUCGCCCAGGAAUCGGCGCGCUUCAAGAGACCGCCUCGCGAUGCGUCCCUGCCGCGGCCGUCGCGUCCGUCGCUGCCGGACGGCUUCGAGUCGGACGACGGCGCGAGGAGCGACGGCGGCGCGAGAAGCGACGUCGACGCGUGGAGCGACAGUGACGUGAGGAGCGACGACGAACGGUGGGCGGAGGGACUGCUGGACAUCGGCAGUGCGGCGGACGACGCAUCCCCGCCCGCCUCGAUUUCUGCCACCACCCAAUCAGCCAAGUUCCGCUGCCUGCAGUGCGGCAGCUCCGCGCAUCCCUCGUGGCUCUGCGAUGCCCCUCCGCCAGCCGCUCGCUGCGCGCACUGCGCCGCCAAGGAGAAGGGUAAGCGGCCCUUGCCGUGCCCGGACGUCGCCACCGCUUUGAACCGCAUCACAUCUUGCCGUGCGACGGCUGACGUCGCCGGCAUGCAGGCUGCAAUCGACGGUUUGCAGCGCGCCGGCCAUCGCCCGCCGCUGGAGGCGUUUUCGCAGGUGAUUGCGACGCACGCGACGCUGGGGGAGCCAGAAAAGGCGGAAGCGGUGUUGGCGGAGAUGGAAGCAGCGGGGGUGGCGGCGGACCCGGUGUGCUACAACGCCGUGGUCAACGCCUUCUGCUCCCGCGCGCGCGUGGACGAGGCGCUCACUGUGCUGCGGCGCAUGCGGUUCAACGGGUGGGAGCCGACGGCCAGCACGUACAACACGCUCAUCAAAGGCUUCGGCGCCGCCAAGCGCCCGGAAGACGCGGCGAAAGUCGCGGAGAUGAUGGCGCGCGCGGUGCUGCGCGAGAUGCGCGCAGCGGGCGUGGCGCCGGACGCGGUGUCGUACAACACGCUGAUGAAGGCGUACGGGCGGCUGGGGCGCCCCAACGACUGCGAGCGCGUGCUGCGCGAAAUGGUGAACGCGCUCGUGCGCCCCAACGCGCGCACGUUCGGCAUGAUGGUGCGCGCGCUGUGCGACGUGGGGCGCAUGGCGGACGCGGAGGUGGUGGCGGAGCGCAUGCGCGAGUGGGACGUGGCGCCGAACGCGACCAUCUUCAACACCAUCGUGAAGGGGUACUGCCAGGCCGGCCAGCCGCUCCCCGCCGCGCAGCGCCCCACUCACCACCAUUCCCCGCAUUUCUCCCCACUCACCGCCGUCCCCCACGACCCCCCACGGCGCUGGGCCCGGCAGGUGCUGCAGAAGAUGCGGUUGGCGGGCGUGCCCCCCGACCUGGCGUCGUACUGCACGCUCAUGAACGCGUGGAGCACCGCGGCGCGCCCCGACCGCGCGCGCGCCGUACUGCAGGAGGCCAUGGCGGCGGGGCUGGCGCCAGACGUGGAGGCGUUCUCGGUGCUCGCCAAGGGGUACCUGCGCGCAAGGCAGGGGGACGCCGCCGAGCGGCUGCUGGACGAGAUGCGCGAGCAGCAUGGGUUGGCGCCGAACGUGGUGACGUACACGACGGUGAUGGGCGCGUACUGUAGCAUGGGCGCGCGCAUGGACUCCGCCAUGGCUGUGUAUGAGCGCAUGGUGGGCGCGGGCGUGCGCCCCAACGCUUUCACGUUCCGCACGCUCAUCUGGGGCUUCUGUGAGGCGCGCCUGCCCCACCGCGCGGAGGCCGUGCUGCGCCUGAUGGAGGCGGAGGGGGGGCCGCUGGACGCGCGGUGCUACGAGCAGACGAGCCUCGCGUGGCAGUCCGUGGGGCUGUGGCGCGACGCCCAGCGCAUCGCCGCGGAGAAGCGCGACAAGUGUGGCGCGCAGGGCGGGGGGACGCGGAAGCUGAGCAAGCGCGAGGAGAGGGGCAGGCGGGUGAGGGCGGAAGGGGGUGGGACAGGGGGAGAUAGGAUCAGAGGGGCUGGGGGAGGGAGCAGGGCGGGCUUGGGAGAUGGCAGUGUUGGGCAGACUGGCAAUGGGGCGAGUCAUGGCAGCAGCAGCAGUGAGAGCAUGAGAGGCAGUGAUGAGAGUGAUGGUGAGAGCAGCAGCGGUGGUGGUGAGAGGAUUGGUGUGGAGAGCAACAGCAGGGUUGAAGGUGCAGGGCAGGAGGGCGAGGGCAGCAGCAGUGCAGCAGCACAGCAGGCAGAAGCUGAGGGGAAGGCGGCAGUGAGGGUUGGAGGGGGCGAUAGGGGUGGCAGCGUCAGAUCAGGCAUGAUGAAUGGCAGGGAGUCUAGGGGGCCGAGCGGCAGUGCGAGGGGCAGUGGAAGAGGCAGUACGACUCGCAUAUGGCAAAGACCACAGUCCCUCCCUGUGCCACAAGGGGAGGUGGCAACUGGUGCAGGUGCCACCCAGUCAGAGGCCCAGAGGUCCCCGUCAGCCGCCCUGCAGCCCUGCGCUGCUGCUGCUCUCCACCUGCGCUCCCCCCUCCCCCUGCCACGCCCACACCUCCAGCCGUGGCAGCACUGCCAUUCGCCCCACGCCCCCCUCUCCGCUCUCACCUGGGCUGCAGCUGUCGCACCACACCGCGCUCCUCUUCUUGCCCUCCCCUUCUCCCUUGCUACGCUUCUCUCGCGCCCCUCUCCCACCACUGCCCGCUGCAAGCACCCCGUGCGCGUGUGUGUGGGGCCGGCACUGCGGCGGCUGCAGGCUGGCAGAACCGCUUACAGGCCCCUGUGUGCGGGCAGAGCCACACUGUCACGGCGCCCACACCCGCCCCGGCUGCUCGCACUGCCCUCCCGGGCCUCACAAGCAUGCCCCUCGCCUCGCACUCCCAGCCUCGCUUGGACCGGCAGCAGGCGAGUGGGUGAGACGGGCACAGCAGCUGCAUCGCGCAUGGGAUUGCUAUCCCGGCACGUGCCAGGCUUCCUACUCUCUCCCUACACCGCUCCUCUUCGUCACUCUCACCCUCCGCGCCCAUGUCGGCCUCCGCCCGCCUGCGCGCAUGUGCAGUCGGCGGGCGCGAGGCUCUAUGGGAUGCUGGCGCGGGGCGCGCGGAACAGCACCCAGGAGUCCGCCAUUCGGCGCUUGAAAUGGCCACCCGCAGAUGAUGGCGGCAUGCGCGGAAAGCUGAGUGCUGCGCCUAUGCCCCGCCGCUCACUGCUCUCCCUCAAGCGCCAAGCCCUGCGCCCCAGAAUGCCGCUCAGCGGACCUCCGCCGAUCGCUCUCCGCAGCACCAGUAGUCAACGCCAAGGGCGCGCGCCCCCCGUGGUGGCUCUAGCAGGCAGCAAGUGGCGACGCAGCGACCAGCCCCCCGUGCGGCUUCCGCCCGUGCUGAGCCCGUCCGCGUCCGCGCUGCUGCGCCAGCUGCGCCAGCAGAAGCUGCGCCGACAAAGAUGGGCGGCGCUGGAUGUGGCUAGCGCGGGAGGAGGGGGAGGCGGAGGGCGGAAGGGCGCGGAGGAGGACGUGGCGGCGGUGCUGCGCGAGCUGCGGCGCAGGGAGGAGUGGCACGUAGUGGCGCAUGUGUACGAGUGGGUGGUGGCGCGCGAGGGGUGGCGCGCGGAUGUGUCGGGGUACAAUCUGCUCAUGGACGCCUACGCGCGCUCAGGCGCCGCCCCCACCGCUCUGCGCGUCUUCCGCCUCAUGCAGCAGGGGCGCGUGCGCUUCUCCCUCCCACAGACGCGCGGACGGGAGAGGGCAGCGGGGGGAAGAGAGAGAGAUGCAGGGGAGGAAGGAGAGGGAGCAAGGGGAAGAGAGGGUAGAGGGCCGCGGGGAAAGGGGAGGGAGGAGGAGGAGGGGGACGGGGAGGAAUGGGAAGAAGUGGAGGGGGAAAGGGGGGAAGUGGGGGAGGAGGAGGUGGAGAUGUGGGUGGAGGAGGGAGUGGGCGUGUGUGUGCCCAGCGAGGCGUCAUUCAACGUGGUGCUGGGCGGCCUGUGUCGUCAGGGCCUGCUGCCGCCCGCUGAAGAGCUUUUUCAGGAGAUGCUUCACCGCGGCUACCGCCCCAGUGAGUGCUGCCGCCCCAGUGAGUGCUGCCGCCCCAAUUGGUGGGUGCGCGGCGGAAUGCAGAUGCUGAGCGGAGAGGCGAGAGCAGUUAGGCCAGUGGCGGGACGCACAGUAAUGCUCAAUCAGCCAUGCCAUGCCACCUCCCCUCCCUCCCUCCCCACCUCCUCUCUGUCCCCAUCACAAUGCUCUCCUCACCACCUGCCCUGCCUCUGCACCCGCUUCCCCCUGCCCCUUGCCUACCCUGCCCCACUGCCCCCUUUGCCCCCUGCCUCUCCCGCCCCUGCGCCCUGCCCUCUCCCCUCAGGUCUGGUGACGUACAACACGAUGGUGGAGGUGCGGGGCAGGGCGGGGGACGUGGAGGGCGCGGAGGGGCUCAUGCGCGCCAUGCGGGGGGAGGGCGUGCGCCCCACCGCCGCCUCCUACGCGCUGCUCAUGCACGCCUAUGGCAAGGCGGGGCUGCCCCAGCGCGCAGAGGAGGUGUUUGCGGGGCUGCACGGGGCGGCGGUGCUGCCCACGGUGCCGUGCUUCACGGCGCUGAUAGCGGCGCAUGCACGCGUGGGGCAGUGGCGGGAGGCACAGCGCGCGUACGACAGCAUCGCGCUCAUGGGGCUGCGCCCCGACCUGCACUCCACCACCGCCCUCCUGCACGCCCUCUCCACGGCGGGCGAGGUGGCGCGGGCGCGGGGAGUGCUAGAGGCCAUGCAGCGCACCACCGGUGCUGCCCCUCCGCCCUCCUGUGUCACCCCGCUGCUCGCCGCCCUGGCCCGGCAGGGACUGUGGACAGGAAAUGGCUCCACCCGUCCUCCUUUCAGCCCCACAUCUGCCUUCCUUCUCACCACCCACACCGCGCCUCGUUCCACCCAUCCCCCCCCUCCCUUCCCCCCCCCAUCAGAGGCGGAGGAGGUGUAUGCAUCGCUAGCAGCGGCAGGCACACCCCCCCCGGUGCGGUGGCAGCACGAGCUGCUGCGUGCAUACGAGCGGGCAGGGCUGCCGGAGAAAGUGCAGGCACACCUGGCGCUGCUGCGCGGAUGGGGGGAAGGGGAGAUGGGGCGCACGCAGGAGGGGGAGGGGAGGGACGAUGCGGGGGAAGAGAGGAGACGUGGGAGAGGGAGUGGGAGGGGUGGUGGAGGGAGGGCGCGGGGGCGGGUGGACAGGACAAUGCUCAACUGCCUGGCGGGGGCACAUGGGCACGCGGGGGACAGGGCAGCCAUGCAGCGAGUGCUGGUGCGCAUGCAUGGGGGGGAGGGGGCGGCAUGGCAUGUGAGCUCAUACAACACCGUGCUCGCCGUGCUCGUGCAUGCUGCUGACAUGGCGGGCGCUGAGAGGCUCAUGGAUGACAUGCGGGCGGGCGGGGUGGCCCCUGAUGCCGCCACGUGGACCACCCUCAUGGGCGGGUACGCGGAGAAGAAGCUUCUGAGAAAGUGCAUGAGUGUGUUUAGGAAGAUGGUGGCAGCGGGGUUGCGUUGGGAUGCGGGGGCGGUGCGGGUGAUGCUGGCGGCGUGUCGCAGUGCGGAGCAGCAGGAGGAGGUGAGGCAGCUCGUGGAGAGUGUGGUCAGGAAGAGGACCAAGCGCUCCCUGCCCUCCCCCCCCUUCUCCUGUCCUACCCCUCGUCGUCCGCCCUUCCCAAUUCGUCUGCUCGCGCCACGCGCGUCCCGCGCAUUCCCUCGCCCGCCCGCUGCUCUUCCCGCUGAUUCCGUGCCUUCCACCGCGUCUCCGCCCUCGACACCGCAAGCCCCGCGCGAAUGGCGGAAGCUGUGGGCGCAACUGGCGCGGAAGUGGGCCAUGCGGGGGCGGCGGUGGCGGUGGGGCGUGCUGGACGGGUACCUCGCGCGCAGCAUGGCGCGCCCCUUCGCGGUGGCGGCGGGCGUGGCGGCGAGUGUGGGCGUGGCGCUGGGGUCGCUGGCGGAGGUGGCGCGCGUGGCGGCCAACACGGGCGCGCCGCUCCGCCUGGCGCUGCUGGUCGCGCUGCACCACCUCCCGCGCUUCCUCGCGCUCGCGCUCCCCCCCGCCUGCCUCGCCGCCUCCCUCUUCGCCUUCUCCCACCUCCUGGCGCAGAGCGAGCUGGCGGGCAUGGCGGCGGGGGGGGUGGCGUGGGGCAGGCUGCUGCGCGCGCCAGUGUGUGUGGGCGUGGGGGCAGGCGUGCUCAUGCUCGCAUGCCAUGAGCACGUGGUGCCAUGGGCCAUGCGCAGGUAUGUGAUGGGGGGGAAUAUGGUGCGCAUGUAUGUGAUGGGGGGGAAUAUGGUGCGCAUGUAUGUGAUGGGGGGGAAUAUGGUGCGCAUGUAUGUGAUGGGGGGGAAUAUGGUGCGCAUGUAUGUGAUGGGGGGGAAUAUGGUGCGCAUGUAUGUGAUGGGGGGGAAUAUGGUGCGCAUGUAUGUGAUGGGGGGGAAUAUGGUGCGCAUGUAUGUGAUGGGGGGGAAUAUGGUGCGCAUGUAUGUGAUGGGGGGGAAUAUGGUGCGCAGGUAUGUGAUGGGGGGGAAUAUGGUGCGCAUGUAUGUGAUGGGGGGGAAUAUGGUGCGCAUGUAUGUGAUGGGGGGGAAUAUGGUGCGCAUGUAUGUGAUGGGGGGGAAUAUGGUGCGCAUGUAUGUGAUGGGGGGGAAUAUGGUGCGCAUGUAUGUGAUGGGGGGGAAUAUGGUGCGCAUGUAUGUGAUGGGGGGGAAUAUGGUGCGCAUGUAUGUGACGGGGGGGAAUAUGGUGCGCAUGUAUGUGAUGGGGGGGAAUAUGGUGCGCAGGUAUGUGAUGGGGGGGAAUAUGGUGCGCAUGUAUGUGAUGGGGGGGAAUAUGGUGCGCAUGUAUGUGAUGGGGGGGAAUAUGGUGCGCAUGUAUGUGAUGGGGGGGAAUAUGGUGCGCAUGUAUGUGAUGGGGGGGAAUAUGGUGCGCAUGUAUGUGAUGGGGGGGAAUAUGGUGCGCAGGUAUGUGAUGGGGGGGAAUAUGGUGCGCAUGUAUGUGAUGGGGGGGAAUAUGGUGCGCAUGUAUGUGAUGGGGGGGAAUAUGGUGCGCAUGUAUGUGAUGGGGGGGAAUAUGGUGCGCAUGUAUGUGAUGGGGGGGAAUAUGGUGCGCAUGUAUGUGAUGGGGGGGAAUAUGGUGCGCAUGUAUGUGAUGGGGGGGAAUAUGGUGCGCAUGUAUGUGAUGGGGGGGAAUAUGGUGCGCAUGUGCAUUGGCCGUGUGCACCCUCACCACCUCACCCCCACCCUGCAACCCACUCACUCAUCGCCUGCUCACCCUCCUCUCCGCUCCUCUCUCCAUUCACCUCCGUGCCCGCCCCUCUCCGCCCACCAGGCGCAGCACCACCAUGACCCCCUCGCACUCCUCCUCGCCCAUCUUCACCCCCCCUCACCACACUCCACCAUCGCCUCUCCUCUCACCGGCAGUGCAGGGGGGGCAGCGGCGGCAGCGGGGAAGGGGGGCGAGGGAAUGUUGGGAGGGGGGGCGGGGCUGUGGCGGGUGUGGUAUGCGGGGGAGGUGGGGGGGGGUGCCAUGCGACGUGUCAUGCUGCUGCACCUCGCCCCUCAGGGGCACGUGCAGGCCGUGGUGGCAGCGGAGCGGUGUGAGUGGCAGCCACACUCGAGCACGUGGCGCCUCCUCAACUGCUGUCUGCUGCCGCUCGCCCCGCCUGACUGCCUGCCUUCCACCACACACACCAUGGCACCACCAUCGCUGCAACCACCUGCCGAACCGCUCUCCACCACACCAUCCUCACACGGCGCCGCUACAGCACCGGCCUCCUUCUCUCUGCUGCAGCUGGAGUCACUGGACGUGCCACUCGCCUCUGCGCUGCCCUCCUCCUCGCCUCUCGCUGCCCACGCCGCCCUGCCGCCUGCCUGUCUCCCCCGCAGCCUCCUCACAGCGCGCGCCAGGCACCUGCGCGCGCAGCUCGCAUGGCUGCAGCGCCAGGCACCCCGCAAGGGGCCAAGGUGGUGGGGAAGGGACGAGCGGGCGGUGAGGGAGCAGCGCAGGCGGGUGGCGGAGCAGCGGAGGAGGGUGGCAGAGGCGGAGAGUGACUUGGUGCUGCGCGAUGCCAGCUGUGCCUCCUGUGUGGCGUAUGCUGUGCUGGGGGCGGUGGCAGUGCUGGUGACAGCGGCCCCUGCCAGCAAGCGGGUCAUCUGGGUGGGGGGCCAUCGCACGGCCACGGCCAGCAGAGGGGCGCCCUUCCAGCUGGCGCUGCCCCUUGCUGCCGCCUUCCACCUGCUCUCCGCUGCCCUCGCUGCUGCCGCCCGCUCCGCCCUCCUGCCCCCUCUCCUCGCUGCGUACCUGCCGCUCCUGCUCAUGCUGCUGCUGCCCCCGCUGCUGCUGGGCAGGGAGACAGAGGCAGGGGUGAGGGUGGGAGUGAAUAGCACGGAGGGAAUAGGAGAUGGGAAGAAAGUACUGUGA